ACAACAACAAAAAAGUCCACGUAAUGUUUUUUUUUGAAUAGAUAUGUGUGUUUUGUUUUGAAUCUGUGUUGCCAGGGCUGUCAUUUCCCUAUGAGGCAGGAUCUUGAUCAGCCCUCGUGUCCAGCAGAAUACAGCAGAAUUCAGGCUGUGGCAUUGUCUCACACAUGCACCACAGCCCCACAGAACAAAGGACUGGGUAUUUGCUUCUUUGAAUAAAAGCUAUUUCAUUUUUGAAUGCUUGAUUCGAUUGCUCUAUCACAUCAAUCAGCUUAACGUUCCUAACGUAUUUAUCUUGCUCCUGUUCUGCUGUUGAUCUAGCCCCUGUUGCCAGCUCACUAUGCGUAAAAUACUCCCAUCGGGCAGUUCUGGUCACCGGAGGACUCCUCGCUUUUUCAGGAAUGGCACUGGGAUUUCUUGGGCUCAACAUGGUCUGGAUGUAUGCAACAACUGGCUUCCUACAGGGACUUGGGAUUUCCUUUUCAUGGACACCAGCCAUUAGCAUUGUUAGCCAUUAUUUUUCCAAGAGGAGAGCUUUGGCUAAUGCUAUUGCCAGUGCUGGAGAAUGUGCAUUUGCAUUUACAUUUGGGCCACUCUUCCAGUGGUUGAUUGGCCAAUAUGGAUGGAAAGGUGCCCUCUUGAUCAUAGGUGGCAUCCAACUCAAUAUCUGUGUCUGUGGAGUGCUCAUGCGACCCUUGACAAGCAACUGCUGCCUUGAGGCGAGCCAUUCUGAAACACCACCUGACACUGGUGCAUCUAGGAUGGAAAAAGAAGAAAGGUCUUCUUCCACCCACAAAACCUUCAACUGGAUGCUUGUGAGGAGACCAGAGUUUGUUCUUUAUGCCAUGUUUGGCAUUUUAGCUGCUAUGAGCUUUUUUGUUCCUCCGUUAUUUUUAGUUCCACUUAGCUACAGCCUGGGAAUAGAUGAAUCUUGGACUGCAUCCCUCCUAUCCAUUUUGGCUAUGGUGGACUUCGCAGGCAGACUGCUAUGUGGCUGGUAUGCCAAUCUCCAUGUUACCAAAACUAUUCAUUUACUGACAAUGACAAUUACACUGAUCAGCACUUCCUUGAUGCUGUUGCCUCUGGCUAACAAUUACCUGUCCUUGGCAAUAUUCACUGGCUUCUAUGGAUUCUUCUUUGGCACAACAGUUGCCGUUCACAUUACAGUGCUAGCAGAUGUUGUGGGCAUGUCAGAUUUUGACAGUGCUCUAGGGCUUUUCAUGCUCAUUCGAAGCACUGGAGGUUUUCUGGGGCCUCCUCUUGCUGGUAAGUUGAUACUUCACUAAGUACAGUUUACAAGAGUAUGAGGAGUGGUAACCCAAACUGAAAAAUCUAUAUCUGGACCAAAUUUUGCCCUCUGUUAGCUCAGGAGUAACUGGACCAAGAAGUAAAUAAAACAAAGAGUCAGUUUAAUUCCUCUAAAAAAUAUCUUGCUUCCUCUCUUCUCUGUGGUUUUAGAGAUACCUCUUCAACAUGAAAGCAGGGAAGAAUGGCAGGGUUCAUAUGGUGUUCCUGUUUCCUGAAUCACACUUGAUGGACUCCCAUUCUCUUGUUAUGAAAGUGUGCCUUUGGAGCAAGCAGCAGAUCCAUACUUGCAGAGGAGAUACUGUUGGAUUUUUGGAACUUUGAGACUAAUGGUGUUGCAUAAAUGCUGGUAUUGUUUGGAAGGUUUAUACAGAAGGUCACAUUUAACAGCUUGAAACAGUAGGUUAUGUGAACCCAGGAAAUAUUCACAGAGAUGCCUGCUGUUUUCAGACAGUAUAUGAGCUAAUCAAUAUAAUAAAUGGGGAGGCAGCAUUAAAAAAAAAAAAAAAGUAGAAAGAGAAAGCAGAUGAUGAGACAGUACAAGGCUAUUGGUUGGCAGUAGGCAAGAGUCAUCUUGGAAAAAUGCAAGGAAAACUAGCUGUAGGCUGUAGGGACUUGAUGAAGUGAUAUGGCAGAAAAAUGGCCAAUGUAAAAAGUGGAUCUGAGCCUUCAUCCAAAAGCCACUGAAUAAAAUGAGACUGCUCACAGACUACCAUGACUUCUGUGGUAAUGACACCC